CUGAGAUAACAAUAGUUAUUAUCUGAGUGAGUGAAAGACAAUUUACCCAAAUUUCGAAAAGAAAAAGAAAGAAAGAAAGACUAAUAAAAAACUGAUUUUGUUUUGUUUUGUUUUGCCCAAUUUGAGUAGGCGAUUCCUCUUAUCUCCCGCUCCGGCCAAUCGUCUCGUCAUCUCCGCCAAUUUGAUUUCGCCUGGAAUUGGAGAUAAAUAACAUGGUACAUUCAGAGUCAUCAAUACUUAGUUCGUUGCGCGGUGGUAGUGAUGUUUCUAAGGAGGAACCAGCAACAUCAGUUUCUUCAGGGAAUGGUAGAUACACUGAUCCCCUUGGUAGGAGGAAGUCCAAGCGGUUUAAGGUUGCUGCAGAAAGCGAGUUAUCACCUGAUUGUGGAACUGUUUCCAUGCGGCUCAGAUCGAGAACUUUACAGAAGGAGGAGUUCCUAACUGAUACUCGCGAGAACAACAGGAAUGUUUCUGAUGACUUUGUUCCUUGUUCUGAAGCUGAGGUUGAGUUGAUUCCUGGAGAAAACGUGGUCGGCCAAGAUCGCUUUAAAUCAGUUGAUGUAACCGAGAACACAAGUGAGAUAGAUAUGGUGGAGGCCCAGGCUCCAAGCAUUAGCUUGCAAGAAGAUGUGGUUCCAUUGGAACUUGAGAAGUCGAAAGUUACAGUUCCAAAACCAGUUGAGGCUACAGGUAAAAGUCGUACUCAUAUUAUCGGAGCUGUGCCUGGUGUUGAGGUUGGCGAUGGAUUUCAAUAUAGAAUGGACCUGAACCCUGUUGGUUUACAUAGACCAAGUCAAAGUGGUAUAGAUUAUAUGAAAGACUACGACGGGGAACUAGUUGCCUUGAGUAUCGUAUCAUCUGGAGGUUAUGGUGACAUGCUUGAUAACUCUGAUGUCUUGAUCUAUACAGGCCAAGGCGGAAACUUGGGGAAGAAAAAGGGAAAGAAUGAUAAUGAACCCAAAGACCAAGAGCUUGUUAAAGGAAACCUCGCUUUGAAAAAUAGUAUACACAAAAAGAACCCUGUGCGGGUCAUAAAAGGCUACAAGAAUACGACGUUAAAAUCAUCAGCUGCUGCAAAGAACUAUGUUUAUGAUGGUUUGUAUGUGGUGGAAGAGUAUUGGGAAGAAACCGGGUCACACGGUAAGCUUGUCUUCAAGUUCAAACUCCGACGUAUCCCUGGACAACCCGAGCGUUCUUGGAAAGUGGUUGAGAAAAAAAAGAAAACGGAGUUCAGGGAAGUUCUUUGCAAUGUUGACAUCUCAGGAGGGGAAGAGACAUUACCCAUACGCGCUGUGAAUGAUAUAGACGACGAGAUACCCCCUCCGUUUAUCUACACGGCUAAAAUGAUAUAUCCGGAUUGGUGUAAGCCAAUUCCUGCAAGGACCUGCGGUUGCACAAAACGUUGCUCCGAAUCAAAAACGUGUUCCUGUGUUGCAAAAAACGGUGGAGAGAUACCGUAUAAUUGUUGGGAUUUAUGAGACAAAGCUCACAAGAGAGGGUAGACAAACACUUGGUGAAUGAAUCCCCCUUUACCCACAACAAACUAACUCAUUCUCAAGGGGGAGGAGAGAACAUCAACUUGUGAUGAACUCCCCAUAAACAAGCUAGAUAGAACCCAAAUACUAGAGAGUAAGCGGAUCCUAACUAGGAGAAGCACUAGUUUGAGACUUAUCCUCUUCUAGUAUCACAACACUUAGAGUUUGUGUACUUAGGAGAAGGAGGAUUAAGAAUCAGUAAUCUAGGCUAAGUAAAGCAGUAAAUAAGAAGAGUUUA